GUGUGCUUCGGCGAUCGGCUGGUUGGCUUUCACCUCAGAAUUACCUUGCCGUGCUGCCGCUGACGAAUAACGUUCAGUCGAGACCGAGCUCAUCCGCGAUACAGUUGAUUUUCGCAUCAAACAGACAAAAUGGCUGAUGUUCCAAAGCGUGAAGUUGAAAAUGUCGAAUUCGUUUUCGAAGUCAUGGGCUCCGCCGGCGAGGGCAUUGAUGCCGUCGAUCUAGGUGAUGCCCUCCGCGCCCUGAACUUGAACCCCACCUUGGCGCUGAUCGAGAAGAUGGGCGGCACCAAGAAGCGCAACGAGAAGAAGAUCAAGAUGGAUGAGUUCCUGCCCAUCUACUCACAGGUGAAGAAGGAGAAGGAGCAGGGCUGCUAUGAGGACUUCAUUGAGUGCUUGAAGCUCUACGACAAGGAGGAGAACGGCACCAUGAUGCUGGCUGAGCUGCAGCACGCCCUGCUGGCGCUUGGUGAGAGCCUGGAUGACGAGCAGGUGGAGACUCUGUUCGCCGACUGCAUGGACCCCGAGGACGAAGAAGGAUUUAUCCCCUACUCUCAGUUCGUCCAGCGCCUGAUGAGCGAUCCAGUCGUCUUCGACUAAACACAUUCCUCGCCAGAAUGUGUGAAAGACCAGAUCAGCUAAAAUAGUUGAAAACAACAGCUACAAACCAACUACAACAACACCAACAAACUUUUAGCGACAACCAUUCUCCAUAGAUGUUAUAUUCAUCGCUAACUCUCUCUAUCUCUCUCUCGUAUAUUAUUUUAAUUAAAAAUUACUUCUGCUACUACAACUGCAAAAUUGAA